AUGACAGUGUUGCGAUGCCAUAUCGAUGCCGAUUUCAUGAUUACUCCACCAAAUCCCCUUAGUUGUAGAAGAACGAUCAUUCCGUGGUAUAACAUUCUGUUCAUCAUGUCGAUUGAUUUAACAUCGAAGUUUUUCAAAUUAUUACGACAUUUUCGACGAGAAGAUUUGGAAACGUUUGCUGAAGAACAUGAUCGAUUGUAUAGAGAAGCGAAGGCAAAGUCGGACUAUUCGUUGGUUACGACGCAUUACUAUUCCGUCAUGUCUACCCUCAUCGAUGAAUACUUUAAUGGGAAUUUUCAUUUUGCACCGCCUCGGCGUAAACAGCAAUCACUGGCAGAUGCACUAAAAGAACUUCAUGAGCGAAUUGGUCACUGUUUGAAACUUACCAAAGGUAAAAAAUGUGUAGAUAUUGGAUGUGGCAUAGGUGGUGUUAUGCAUGAUUUAGCUAUUACUGGAGCUGACUUAACUGGAGUGACAAUAGCAGGAAACGAGGUAGUAAUUGGGAACAAACGCUUCCAGAAUGAAGGUCUCGAAAAUUGCUACAUUGUGCAGGGGAACUAUUGCUGUCUACCAUUAGUGGAUAGUCGUUAUGAUUGUGCAUAUGCGGUUUAUGCGUUGAAAUAUUUGGAAGAUCUGAAACCAGCAUUACAAGAAGUAAAUCGGAUUUUGCGUCCGGGAGGAUUUUUCCUUUUUUAUGAUCUACUGAAAACUGAUAAAUAUCAUUCCUCUUUGGAGGAACAUAAAACAGUUAUUAAGAAUUUGGAGUAUGCUUGCGGUAUGCCUCCUUUGCACACAAAGAAAGAAAUAAUAAGCACAGCAAAAAUUUAUGGUCUGGAAUUGGCGGAAAAUAUUGAUCUUGACCGAGAAACUGGAAAUCCUUAUUACUUUUGCUUCUCUCAUUCUCCUUUGUUUAUGUGGCUUAUUAGCUCGUCAUUGGUUGAUUGGAUAAUUUUGAUCGCACAAACGCUUCACAUUAUACCUAAAGGAUUUCUUCGUUUUAAACGAAUAUUUCUGACUGGCACAGUGAACAGUAUUGUUCAUGCUGGCAAGCUGGGCAUUCUCAGCGGCUCCGAAGUUUUGGUGUUUCAGAAAAUCAAAUGA